AUAAACCCCAGUAGCUUUCACACAUCAUUACAAAACAAUCCACUCGUCAAGAUUACACUAUCUCUCCACUUGUAACCGUCGCCCUAUGAAUUUUUCCAAUCCAAAAAAGCAAAAAUUUUAAUUAAAAUUAAGCCCUUUUCUGGCUCAGCCACCGCCAUGCACCUGUGGGUAGUCGGAAGAAAAUGAUGCUAUAGAAGGCUAAUAAGAGCAUUCGUGGGGAAUUAUCCAGGUUGAGGGCUGAGGUCGGGAAAUCGCGUGGGGGUGUGUCCGCACAUUAAACCCACCCCUGCGGCUGGAGGGGUUCAAUGAUGAGCACCGGAACAACUAUACCUUGUGUCAGUGAGAUAACCAACUUGCUCUCUGCCAGCUUUAUUUCAUUAAUGCACUUAUUAGCCAUGUGUUUCGCCAGUCUUCAGUCUUAGACCGGCUUGUGUGCGUGUUAAGUGUUUGACAAAUUCGAAUUUGCGGAAUCAUGUGAUUAUUCCUCCGAAAAUGCUCCACCAUUACAACUACUCGACCUCCCUGUCCCAUUUCCUGAGCUACCACCACCUGGACGAGCAGAGCGAGAACGAGCACCAGUCGGGCGCCCUCUGCGAGGAGCAGGAGGACCCCCGCUGCAGGAGCAACUCCUCCGCCACCAACAACAAGUCCUUCACCAUCGCGGCGAUUUUGGGGCUGAAGAACGACUCGAAUCAGGACGAUUCGGCGGCAGAUUUGAGCGUUGUUAAUUUGAGCGUCCACCACCCGCAGGGGUCGAAUUGCAACCGGUUGCAGCUUCCGGUACGCCACAGUUCUUCGGCAGUAAGCGUGACGGGGCAUUACUCGGUCGGGCAUGGGUGCCCCCAAAGACAGGCAGUGCGAGGAUUGAAACAUCUCUCGUCGGCGGUGAUACAGAGUAAAAAGAGUUGUAAAAGUAAACGAGUUCGAACGAUUUUCACCCCGGAGCAGCUGGAGCGGCUCGAGGCGGAGUUCGAGAGACAGCAGUACAUGGUGGGGCCGGAACGGCUCUAUUUGGCCCACACGCUGCAGCUGACUGAGGCCCAAGUCAAGGUUUGGUUCCAGAACAGGAGGAUCAAGUGGCGGAAGCACCACUUGGAGCUGACGCACCAGCGGCUUGCGGUUUUGAAGCAACAGCAGCUUCUUCUCGACGAAGCGCCCGACGUUCAAGACACGAACAGCUCGAGCACCGACACGUGAAUUGACUUAAUCAAGUGGAGGCUUUGAGCUUGUAAAUAUUGUGUGAGAAUGUAGCUAAUUAUUUCCCAAACCCGUGGAAUUAGUUUGUAAAAUAUGCGGCCUGAUUUUAAAUACACCAUUUGAUUUUAAAGCGUUUUU